GAACGGGAAGAUGUUCAAAAGAAAACAUUCACAAAAUGGAUAAAUGCACAGUUUGCUAAGUUUGGAAGACGUUACAUUGAAGAUCUUUUUAAUGAUUUUCGAGAUGGACGAAGACUUCUGGAGCUCCUGGAAUGCCUUACAGGCCAAAAACUUGCAAAAGAAAAGGGUUCCACAAGAGUUCAUGCUCUGAACAAUGUCAACAAAGCACUGCAGGUUUUGCAGAGAAAUAACGUUGAUUUGGUAAAUAUUGGGAGCUCAGACAUUGUGGAUGGAAAUCAUAAGCUGACACUUGGUUUGAUCUGGAAUAUAAUCCUCCACUGGCAGGUCAAAGAUGUAAUGAAAAACAUCAUGGCUGGACUGCAUCAGACAAACAGUGAAAAGAUUCUGCUGAGCUGGGUCCGCCAAUCGACUCGUAAUUACCCACAGGUCAAUGUUAUCAAUUUCACCAGUAGCUGGUCUGAUGGAUUGGCUUUCAAUGCACUCCUCCACAGUCACAGACCAGACCUAUUUGAUUGGAACGCUGUUGCUUCUCAGCAGUCACCUGUACAACGAUUAGACCAUGCAUUCAACAUAGCCAGGCAACAUCUGGGUAUAGAGAAACUCCUUGAUCCUGAAGAUGUUGCAACUACCUAUCCAGACAAGAAGUCCAUCUUAAUGUAUGUGACUUCACUCUUCCAAGUUCUGCCCCAGCAAGUCACCAUGGAAGCCAUCAGGGAGGUGGAGAUGUUGCCACGACACUCAAGGGUCACUAAAGAAGAGCACAUACAAGUACAUCAUCAACAGCGUUUUUCACAAGAAAUCACAGUCAGUGUACCCCAGGGACCUUCACCUUCUCCUAAACCGCGGUUCAAAAGUUACGCAUAUACACAAGCUGUGUAUGUAACAUCCCCUGACCAAGAAAGGAGGCAGGUUCCUCCACAGUUUUUAGAAACUGUUGAAGAAAAGACAUUUAGCACCAUGCGGAUGGGGUCUGAAAUGGAUCUUGAAAGCUACCAAACUGCUUUAGAAGAAGUACUCACAUGGCUUCUCUCUGCUGAAGAUGCAUUACAAGCACAAGGAGAUAUAUCCAAUGAUGUAGAAGUUGUUAAAGAACAAUUUCACACCCAUGAGGGUUUUAUGAUGGAAUUAACAGCUCACCAAGGACGUGUUGGCAAUGUUUUGCAAGUUGGAAGUCAACUUCUAGCAAUUGGAAAACUUUCAGAUGAUGAAGAGAAUGAAAUCCAAGAACAAAUGAAUCUACUUAAUUCUCGAUGGGAAAGUCUCAGGGUAGCAAGUAUGGAAAAACAAAGCAAUUUACAUAAAAUCCUAAUGGAUCUGCAGAAUCAGCAGCUAGCCCAGUUAGCUGACUGGCUGACAAAAACAGAGGAAAGGACAAAGAAAAUUGAUUCGGAGCCCUUAGGUCCAGAUCUAGAGGACCUAAAGCGUCAAGUAGAAGAGCAUAAGGUGUUUCAAGAAGAUUUGGAACAGGAACAAGUCAAGGUGAAUUCUCUAACCCAUAUGGUAGUGGUGGUAGAUGAAAACAGUGGAGACAGAGCCACUGCUGCACUGGAAGAGCAGCUUCAGCACUUUGGAAACCGGUGGGCAGUCAUCUGCAGAUGGACAGAAGACCGAUGGGUCCUUCUGCAAGAUAUUCUUCGUAAAUGGCAGCACUUUGCAGAAGAGCAGUGCCUUUUUGAUGCAUGGCUUACUGAGAAAGAGGAUGCUGUGAGCAAAAUUCAUACAACUGGCUUUAAAGAUCAAAAUGAAAUGCUGACCAAUCUACGUAAAUUAGCUAUCCUAAAAGGAGAUCUAGAAAUGAAAAGGCAAAUGAUGAGUAAGCUGAAGUCGCUCAGCCAAGACCUCCUUGUAGCUGUGAAAAAUAAAGCAGUGGCUCAAAAGCUGGAAAGUCGUCUUGAAAAUUUUGCCCAGCGCUGGGAUAGCCUCGUGCAGAAGGUGGAGAGCAAUUCUAAACAGAUUUCGCAGGCUGUCACUACCACUCAGACAUCACUAACACAGACAACUGUAAUGGAAACUGUAACUAUGGUGACCACAAGAGAACAAAUCCUGGUUAAGCAUGCUAAAGAGGAACUCCCACCACCUCCACCCCACAAAAAGAGGCAACUCCUUGUGGAUUCAGAAAUUAGGAAGAGGUUUGAUUCAGAUACAACAGAGCUCCAUAGCUGGAUGACCCGCUCAGAAGCAGUGCUUCAGAGUCCUGAGUUUGCAAUAUAUCGAAAGGAAGGCAAUCUCUCAGAUCUCAGAGAAAGAGUCAAUGCCAUCCAGCGAGAAAAGCCUGAGAAGUACAGAAAACUGCAAGAUGCCAGCAGAUCAGCUGAGGCCCUGGUGGAACAGAUGGUGAAUGAGGGUCUGAAUGCUGACAACAUUAGACAAGCCUCAGAGCAGCUGAAGAGCCGCUGGAUUGAGUUCUGUCAGUUGCUGAGUGAAAGACUGGCAUGGCUGGAGUACCAAAAUAACAUCAUUGACUUCUACUCUCAGCUGCAGCAACUGGAGCAGACAGCAAUUACUGCGGAAAACUGGCUGAAAGCACAACCCACACUAGCAACAGAUCCUGCUACAGUAAAAACUCAGUUGGAAAAAUGCAAGGACGAAAUCAUCCGAAUGUCAACCCUUCAGCCUCAAAUUGAUCGGCUAAAGGCUCAAAGUCAAGCACUCAAAGAGAAAGAACAAGGGCCAGUGUUUCUGGAUGCUGACCUUGCUGCUUUUACCAGCCAUUUCAAACAAAUACUUGCUGACAUGCAAGCCAGAGAAAAGCAGCUACAGACCAUUUUUGACACUUUGCCUCCUGCACACUACAAAGAGACAAUGAGCACUAUACUUGUGUGGAUUCAGCAGUCAGAAACUAAACUCUCCAUGCCUCAGGUUGUGGUUGCUGAAUAUGAAAUCAUGGAGCAGAGACUCAGGGAGCUCAAGGCUCUACAAAGUUCUCUGCAAGAGCAGCAAAAAGGCCUGAACUAUCUCAGCACAACUGUGGAAGACAUGUCCAGAAAAGCCCCUGCAGAAGUCAGCCAAAGAUAUCGAUCGGAGAUUGAGGUGAUCCUUGGCCGCUGGAAGAAAUUAUCAGCGCAGCUGGUGGAACAUUGCCAGAAACUUGAGGAGCUUAUGACCAAACUCCAGCGAUUUCAGAAUGACACUAAAACACUGAAGAAGUGGAUGGCUGAAGUGGAUGUUUUUCUGAAGGAAGAGUGGCCUGCCCUUGGUGAUUCAGAAGCGCUGGAAAAGCAACUUGAGCAAUGUACAGCUUUAGUAAAUGAUAUCCAGACAAUCCAGCCCAGUUUGAACAGUGUUAAUGAGGUUGGGAAGAAAAUGAAGAGUGAAGCAGAGCCAGAAUUUGCUUCCAGAAUAGAGACAGAACUAAAGGAUCUCAGUGUUCAAUGGGAACACAUUUGCCAACAGGCCCACGCUAAAAAGGCAGCAUUAAAAGGUGGUUUGGAUAAGACUGUGAGUCUCAGAAAGGAUUUGUCAGAGAUGCAUGAAUGGAUAACACAAGCGGAGGAAGAGUAUCUGGAAAGAGAUUUUGAGUAUAAAACACCUGACGAAUUACAGAAAGCUGUUGAGGAACUGAAGAGAGCAAAGGAGGAAGCCAUGCAGAAAGAAGUGAAAGUGAAGCUUAUUACUGAUUCUGUGAAUAAUUUUAUAGCAAAGGCUCCACCUGCAGCUCAUGAGGCUUUGAAAAAGGAGCUUGAUGUUCUAAUUACCAGUUACCAGCGACUCUGCAGCAGACUGAAUGGAAAGUGCAAAACUUUGGAGGAGGUAUGGGCAUGUUGGCGUGAAUUAUUGUCGUAUUUGGAUGCUGAAAAUAAAUGGUUGAAUGAGAUUGAACUGAAACUCAAGGCAACUGAAAAUAUCCAGGGAGGUGCAGAAGAGAUUUCUGAGUCUCUAGAUUCUUUGGAACGUUUAAUGAGACAUCCAGAAGAUAAUCGCAAUCAGAUUCGGGAAUUGGCUCAGACUUUAACUGAUGGUGGAAUCUUGGAUGAAAUGAGUGGCAAAAAGAUGCGCAACUUAUCAUACAAAAAGGCUGUAAGAAGACAAAAGAGUCUUGAACAGAGUAUUCAGUCUGCCCAGGAGACUGACAAAACCCUCCGCUUAAUCCAAGAGUCUCUUGCUGUUAUUGACAAAGAGCUAACAGCCUACAUUGCAGACAGAGUUGAUGCUGCACAGGUCCCUCAGGAAGCACAGAAAAUACAAUCUGAAUUAACAAGCCAUGAGAUUAGCUUGGAAGAAAUGAAGAAACGAAACCGAGGUAAAGAUGCUGCCAAAAGAGUGCUUUCUCAAAUUGAGGUGGCACAGAAAAAGCUGCAGGAUGUCUCCAUGAAGUUUCGCUUGUUUCAGAAGCCAGCCAACUUUGAACAGCGCCUACAAGAAUGUAAAAGAAUUUUAGAUGAAGUGAAAUUGCAGGUUCCCAAGUUGGAGAUGAAGAGUGUUGAGCAGGAAGUAGUGCAGUCACAGUUGGAUCACUGCAUGAAAUUAUAUAAAAGCCUGAGUGAGGUGAAGUCUGAAGUGGAAACAGUGAUAAAAACUGGGAGGCAGAUUGUUCAAAAGCAGCAGACAGAGAAUCCAAAAGAACUGGAUGAAAGGCUUACAGCUUUGAAGUUGCAAUAUAAUGAAUUGGGUGCAAAGGUGACAGAAAAAAAGCAAGAGUUAGAGAAAUGCUUGAAAUUAUCCCGGAAGCUACGAAAAGAAAUUAAUGCUAUGACAGAAUGGCUUGCAGCGACAGAUGCAGAAUUGACAAAGAGAUCAGCUGUGCAGGGGAUGCCUAGCAAUUUGGAUGCUGAAAUUGCCUGGGGCAAGGCAACACGGAAGGAGAUUGAGAAACGCCAGGUCCAUCUUAAGAGCAUCAGUGAUUUAGGAGAGAAUUUGAAGACAGUGCUGAAAGGAAAGGAAAGUCUAGUGGAGGAUAAACUCAGCCUCCUGAACAGUAAUUGGAUAGCAGUAACUUCACGUGCUGAGGAAUGGUUCAAUCUGUUACUGGAAUAUCAAAAGCACAUGGAGGCUUUUGAUCAGAAUGUAGCUAAUGUCACAACUUGGAUGUACCGUGCUGAAAUACUGUUGGAUGAAUCUGAUAAACAAAAGCCCCAGCAAAAAGAGGAAAUUCUUAAGCGCUUAAAGGCUGAGCUGAAUGAUAUGCGUCCAAAGGUGGACUCUGUGCGUGACCAGGCAGUAGACUUGAUGACAAACCACGGAGAUCACUGCAGGAAAAUAAUAGAGCCUAAACUGUCAGAGCUCAACCAGCGAUUUGCAACUAUAUCGCAAAGAAUUAAGAGUGGAAAGCCCUUCAUUCCUUUGAAGGAAUUGGAGCAAUUUGACUUCGAUAUACAAAAAUUGCUUGAACCACUGGAGGUUGAAAUUCAGCAGGGGGUGAAUCUGAAAGAGGAGGACUUCAAUAAAGAUAUGAGUGAAGACGACGAGAGCACAGUGAAAGAAUUGCUGCAAAGGGGCGACACGCUUCAAAAGAGAAUCACAGAUGAGAGAAAACGGGAGGAAAUAAAGAUAAAACAGCAGCUGUUGCAGACUAAACAUAAUGCUCUCAAGGACUUGAGAUCUCAAAGAAGAAAAAAGGCUUUAGAGAUUUCUCAUCAAUGGUAUCAGUACAAGAGGCAGGCUGAUGACCUAAUGACAUGGCUGGAUGACAUUGAGAAAAAGUUAGCCAGUCUACCAGACCACAAAGAUGAGCAGAAGCUAAAGGAGAUUGAUGGAGAAUUGGAGAAGAAGAAGGAAGAUCUGAAUGCGGUGCACAGGCAGGCUGAACGCUUGUCUAAGGAUGGGGCUGCAAAAGCAGUGGAGCCAACCCUGAUACAGCUCAGCAAGCGCUGGCGCGAUUUUGAGAGCAAAUUUGCUCAGUUUCGAAGACUCAACUAUGCACAAAUUCAAACAGUUCAUGAAGAUACAACUUUUCUGGUGACUGAAACUAUGACUGUGGAAACCACUCAUGUGCCUUCUACAUACCUGGCAGAGAUCCUUCACCUUCUGCAAGCCUUGUCUGAAGUAGAAGAGCGCCUUAAUUCUCCUGUUCUGCAGGCUAAGGAUUUUGAGGAUCUCUUCAAACAAGAAGAGUGUCUCAAGAGCAUUAAAGAUAGCCUGGGGAGACUGCUGGGUCAUAUAGACAUUAUUCACAACAAGAAGAUACCGGCUUUGCAAAGUGCUACACCAAGGGAAGCGGCAAAUAUACAAGAAAAGCUAAGUCAGCUUAAUUUCCAAUGGGAGAAAGUUAACAAGAUGUACAGGGACCAACAGGCACGGUUUGACAAAUCUUUGGAAAAGUGGCAGCUUUUUCAUUGUGACUUGAAGAGCUUUAAUCAUUGGCUAACUGAAACUGAAGAGAAGCUGUCGAGAGCACAGAUAGAGGCUGGAGACGAGUACUUCAAGUAUAAAUGGUACCUUGAGACUCUUCAGGAUGGCAUUGGGCGACAGCAAACUGUUGUCAAAACAUUGAACGUAACUGGUGAAGAGAUUAUUGAGCAGUCAUCAACAGCAGAUGCUAAGGUGCUGAAGGAACAACUGGAAAGUUUGAAUACCCGGUGGCAGGAGAUCUGCAGACAGCUGGUAGAGAAAAAGAAGAGGCUAGAGGAAGAAAAGCAUAUUUUAUCAGAAUUUCAAGAGGACUUGAACAAGUUGAUUUUAUGGUUAGAGGAAGCAGACAUCGUUAUUGGUAUUCCCCUUGAACCAGGGAAUGAAGACCAGUUAAGAGACUGCCUUAGCAAAGUAAAGUUAAGAGUUGAAGAGCUGCUGCCACACAAGGGAAUACUUAAACGAUUAAAUGAAACCGGAGGAAUAGCACUUGGAAGUGCAUCACUGAACCCAGACAAAAAACAUAAGCUUGAGAGUACACUGAAGGAGGCUAACCAUCGCUUGUUAAAGGUGUCCAAAGAUCUUCCAGAGAAACAAAAAGAAAUAGAGAUUCUGCUAAAGGAUUUCAGCGAACUUGAUCACCAACUAAAUCAGGUGAUAUUGUGGGUAACGCCUGUCAAGAACCAGCUGGAGCUUUAUAACCAAGUGGGUCAGCCAGGAGCUUUUGAUAUUAAGGAAACUGAAGCAGCAGUGCAGGCUAAACAGCCGAAUGUGGAAGAGGUUUUGUCUAAAGGGUGUCAUUUAUAUAAGGAAAAACCAGCCACUCAUCCAGUAAAGAAAAAAUUGGAAGACUUGAAUGCUGACUGGAAGGCAAUAAACCAAUUAAUUCAACAACUAAAGGAAAAGCCAGCAUUAGCAGCUUUUGGCCUUUUCUCUUCAGGUGUCUUAACUUCUGGUGAAACUGUUGCUGUGGAUACACAAGCCAGGGUAACCAAGGAAACCACCACCUUCAAACCAGAAAUGCCAUCUUCUGUGCUUUUGGAGGUUCCAGCCUUGGCUGACUUCAAUAAGGCAUGGGCAGAACUCACUGACUGGCUUUCUCGACUGGAUCGAGAGAUAAAAUCUCAGAGAGUGAUAGUAGGUGAUCUUGAUGAUAUCAACGACAUGAUCAUCAAACAAAAGGCACUACUACAGGAUCUGGAGCAAAGACGUCCCCAACUGGAUGAACUAAUAACUGCAGCACAAAAUCUAAAAAACAAGACGAGCAAUCAAGAGGCCAGAACGAUAAUUACUGACCGCAUUGAAAAGAUACAGAGCCAGUGGGAUGAAGUGCAUGGACACCUCCAAAGCCGGAGAGAGCAGCUUCAUGAGAUGUUAAAGGAUUCAACACAGUGGCUAGAAGCUAAACAAGAAGCUGAGCAGGUUCUUGAACAAGCAAAAGCUAAGCUUGAGUCGUGGAAAGAAAUUUCCUACACUGUGGAAGCUCUGAAAAAGCAGAACACUGAGCUUAAGCAAUUUUCAAAAGAAAUACGACAAUGGCAAAUAAAUGUAGAUGUGGCAAAUGACAUGGCACUUAAGUUGCUCCGUGAUUAUUCAGCAGAUGACACCAGAAAAGUAGAACUGAUGACAGAUAAUAUUAAUGCGACGUGGGCUGCCAUUAAUAAGAGGGUUUGUGAGCGUGAAGCUGCACUGGAAUCAGCCCUAAGAAUGUUGCAGCAAUUCUACCUGGAUCUUGAAAAGUUCCUUGCUUGGCUUACAGAAGCUGAAACAACUGCAAAUGUCCUGCAGGAUGCUACACGCAAAGAAAAGAUCCUAGAGGAUGCCAAAACAGUUUGGGAGCUCAUGAAACAGUGGCAGGAACUACAGGCAGAAAUCGAUGCUCAUACUGACAUCUUCCACAACCUGGAUGAAAACGGGCAGAAAAUCCUGAGGUCCCUGGAAGGCUCUGAGGAUGCAGCCCUAUUGCAGAGACGUCUGGAUAACAUGAACCUCAGAUGGAGUGAGCUUAGGAAGAAAUCUCUAAACAUUAGAUCCCAUUUGGAAGCCAGUACAGACCAGUGGAAGCGUUUACAUCUCUCUCUUCAGGAACUUCUGGCAUGGCUGCAAUUGAAGGAGGAUGAAUUAAAACAGCAAGGACCCAUUGGUGGAGAUCUUCCCACUGUGCAGAAACAGAAUGAUAUUCACAGGACUUUCAAGAGGGAGCUGAAAACAAAAGAACCUGUUACCAGGACUGCACUUGAGACUGUGCGAAUUUUCUUAGCAGAGCAGCCUGUGGAGGGACUGGAGAAGCUCUACCCAGAACCAAGAGAUCUGUCACCUGAAGAAAGGGCCCACAAUGUCACUAAACUUCUCCAAAGGCAAGCAGAUGAGGUCAGAACUGAGUGGGAUAAGCUGAAUCUACAGUCUGCUGAUUGGCAAAAGAAGAUAGAUGAUGCUUUUGAAAGACUGCAGGGACUUCAAGAGGCGAUGGAUGAACUGGACCUGAAACUACGCCAGGCUGAAGUGUUCAAGGGAUCCUGGCAGCCAGUGGGGGAUCUGCUAAUUGACUCUCUGCAGGAUCACUUAGAAAAAGUCAAGGUUUAUCGAGCAGAAAUUAUACCCCUUAAAGAAAAGGUGCAUCAAGUCAAUGAUCUUGCUCACCAGUUCACUCCCUCUGAUAUUCAACUCUCCCAGUACAAUCUCAGCUGUGUGGAAGACCUGAACACAAGGUGGAAGGUGCUACAGGUGGCCAUUGAUGAGCGCAUCAGGCAACUGCACGAGGCUCACAGGGAUUUUGGCCCUACUUCCCAGCAUUUUCUUACCACUUCUGUCCAAGGCCCCUGGGAGAGGGCAAUCUCACCAAACAAAGUGCCGUAUUAUAUCAACCAUGAGACGCAAACGACCUGCUGGGAUCAUCCCAAGAUGACUGAGCUUUACCAGUCUUUAGCUGACCUGAACAACGUCAGGUUCUCAGCGUACAGGACUGCCAUGAAACUCCGCAGGCUGCAGAAAGCCCUCUGCUUGGAUCUCCUGAGCCUGUCUGCUGCAUGUGAUGCCUUGGACCAGCACAACCUCAAACAAAACGACCAGCCGAUGGAUAUUCUCCAGAUCAUCAAUUGCUUGACCACCAUUUAUGAUCGACUGGAACAAGAGCACAAUAACCUGGUCAAUGUUCCUCUCUGCGUGGACAUGUGCCUCAACUGGCUGCUGAAUGUCUACGACACGGGUCGAACAGGAAGGAUCCGUGUCUUAUCUUUCAAAACUGGUGUUGUAUCCCUUUGUAAAGCACACCUGGAAGAUAAAUACAGAUACCUGUUCAAGCAAGUGGCAAGCUCCACAGGCUUCUGUGACCAGCGCCGGCUGGGGCUCCUGCUGCACGACUCCAUCCAGAUCCCUCGGCAGCUGGGGGAAGUGGCCUCCUUCGGGGGCAGCAAUAUCGAGCCGAGCGUCAGAAGCUGCUUCCAGUUUGCCAACAACAAACCGGAGAUUGAAGCAGCCCUCUUCCUGGACUGGAUGAGGCUGGAACCACAGUCCAUGGUGUGGCUGCCUGUUUUGCACAGGGUGGCUGCUGCUGAGACUGCCAAACACCAAGCAAAGUGUAACAUCUGCAAGGAGUGUCCAAUUAUUGGAUUCAGGUACAGAAGUUUAAAGCACUUUAACUAUGACAUCUGCCAAAGUUGCUUCUUCUCUGGCCGUGUUGCAAAAGGUCAUAAAAUGCACUAUCCCAUGGUGGAAUACUGCACACCAACAACUUCAGGAGAAGACGUCCGUGACUUUGCCAAGGUACUAAAAAACAAAUUUCGAACAAAAAGAUAUUUUGCAAAGCACCCACGAAUGGGCUACCUGCCUGUGCAAACUGUCUUGGAGGGAGACAACAUGGAAACUCCUGUUACUCUGAUCAACUUCUGGCCAGUAGAUUCUGCGCCUGCCUCGUCCCCUCAGCUUUCACACGAUGAUACUCAUUCACGCAUUGAACAUUAUGCUAGCAGGCUAGCAGAAAUGGAGAACACUAAUGGUUCUUAUCUAAAUGACAGUAUUUCACCUAAUGAGAGCAUUGAUGAUGAACACUUGUUAAUCCAGCACUACUGCCAAAGUCUGAACCAGGAGUCCCCCCUGAGCCAGCCCCGGAGCCCUGCCCAGAUCCUGAUUUCUCUGGAGAGUGAGGAAAGAGGGGAACUGGAGAGAAUCCUCGCGGACCUGGAGGAGGAAAACAGAAACUUGCAGGCAGAGUAUGACCGUUUGAAGCAACAGCAUGACCACAAAGGACUGUCUCCACUGCCAUCCCCACCGGAGAUGAUGCCGGUUUCUCCGCAAAGCCCCCGGGAUGCUGAGCUCAUUGCAGAAGCCAAGUUGCUUCGCCAGCACAAGGGCCGCCUGGAGGCCAGGAUGCAGAUACUGGAGGAUCACAACAAACAGCUGGAGUCGCAGCUGCACAGGCUGAGGCAGCUGCUGGAGCAGCCGCAAGCAGAUGCCAAAGUGAAUGGUACAACACUGUCGUCUCCUUCUACCUCUUUGCAGAGGUCAGACAGCAGUCAGCCAAUGCUUCUUCGUGUAGUUGGCAGCCAGACUUCAGAAACCAUGGGCGAGGAUGAGCUGCUCAGCCCUCCCCAGGACACAAGCACAGGGUUGGAGGAAGUGAUGGAGCAGCUGAACAACUCCUUCCCCAGUUCCAGAGGACGAAAUGCCCCUGGAAAGCCAGUGAGAGAGGCCACAAUGUAGGGAGCCUUUUCCACAUGGCAGACGACUUGGGAAGAGCGAUGGAAACCUUAGUGACAGUGAUGACCGACGACAAGGUGUUAGAAUAGCAAGAUGUGUUUUACAACUUCAGGCGUCCCGCAUGGUUUUUAUAAUAUUCAUACUACAAAGAGGAUUAGACUGUAAGAGUUUACAAGAAAACAAAUCUAUAUUUUUGUGAAGGGUAGUGGUACUAUACUGUAGAUUUCAGUAGUUUCCUAAGUCUGUUACUGUUUUGUUAACAAUGGCAGGUUUUACACGUCUAUGCAAUUGUACAAAAAUUAUAAGAAAACUACAUGUAAAAUCUUGAUAGCUAAAUAACUUGCCAUUUCUUUAUAUGGAACGCAUUUUGGGUUGUUUAAAAAAAUUUAUAACAGUUAUAAUGAAAGAUUGUAAACUAAAGUGUGCUUUAUAAAAAUAAUUGUUUAUAGAAACCCCCUUAAAAAAACCACAAAAAAAAUACUGAGGCAGUGCAUUUGUUUAGUAUCAUUUCAGCUCUGUAACUGCAUCAGAGAGAUUCAUGUUCUGUGUUCUUUUCCUUGCCUGUCAAAAAGAAAAAAAAAAGUAUUUCCUGCAGCGACACCAAAAUGGCCAACUUACAUUUCUCAUUGGUUUUGUCUGACUAGGGCUGGCUUAAAAAUAAACUAUCCUGAACUUCCAAUGAAGGUAGUUAUUUCACCUCUUUCCAAUAAAAUUAAGAAUUACAUUAAUCACACAGCUAGUUUGCAAUAAUUAAAUGAAAGAGCACAUUACAUGACAGAGCCUGCAAAAAAAUUAAUGAAAAAAAGCAAAAGAAAAAACCCAGAAGAAAGAAGGAAA